ACUGACAAAGGGCGGGAUGAUGCUUGCGCGGGAUUAUUCCCCGGGCACGGUGCCGAGUGGUGACCCGGGGGUGAUUGAGUUACGAGGGGUGAUUGGGUUACAGACGUUAUUAGCCCAUGGUUUGGAUACGCGCGAUAAAGUCAUUUAGUAGUUAGUACUAAAUGUAAUUGUUUGAGAUACAUUCUUGUCGGCACUUCAUAGUACUCGUCUCCAUUCUGAGAGAUCAUAGCAAAGACAAAGCGCCUCCACAUGUGCAGAAUUAGAGUGGAUUGCACAAUGUCCGCCAGUGAUCUGAAGACAAUGGAGGUGGAGGAGACACGGACUUCCAGGCCACAGUGGGGAUCUCGAGUACAAUACGUCUUAACCCUUGUCGGUUACAGCGUAGGUUUGGGAAAUAUAUGGAGAUUUCCCUAUAUUUGCAACAGGAAUGGAGGAGGAGCGUUCUUGAUUCCAUUUGCCAUUUUUCUGUUCCUUGCCUGUUUUCCCCUGUUUUUCCUUGAGACUUGUGUGUCUCAGUUCUCCGGCAAAGGGACGGUUCAUGUGUGGAGUUUUUGUCCCCUUCUCAAAGGGGUGGGUGUUGGGAUGGUGAUUCUUGGUUGCCUGAUGGUCCCGUACUACAACUUCCUCAUGGCGUGGCCGAUAUACUACCUCGUCCAAUCCUGUUCUGCUGUCCUGCCUUGGACUACAUGCGGAAAUGACUGGAAUACUGUGUAUUGCGUAACUGACUUCGUGACUAACGUCAACUCAACAACGUCCAAUAUGACGUCAUUGAAUGAUACGCUGUAUGAUUAUGUGGCUGUCACCAAAGCGUGGGAGAACCUAACACUGGCACAUACUGCUGUGGAGGAAUUCUGGCAGUACAAGGUGCUGGAUAUAUCCACUGGUCUGGGGAAUAUUGGAUCCAUGCAGGGGCACAUCGUGGGCUGCCUCUUUGCAUUCUACGUCAUCAUGUUCUUUUGUAUAUUCAAAGGAAUCAAGUCCGUUGGCAAGGUUGUGUACGUGACAGCCACGCUGCCCUACAUCUUGCUGACAGUGCUGCUGAUCCGCACCCUUAUGCUACCAGGGGCAUCCGAUGGUUUGGUGUACUUUUUCGCCCCAGACUUCAGCAGGCUGCAGCAAGUACAGGUCUGGCUGGAGGCGUGUCUGCAGGUGUUCUACUCUGUGGGACCAGGAUGGGGGAUGGUUCAUGUUCUCGCCAGUUUCAACAAAUUCCAUGAACCCUGUUUACGGGACACGCUCCUAGUAUCAUUCAUUUCUGAGGGGACGAGUAUUUUUGGAGGAUGUGUAACAUUUUCCGUUUUGGGCUCCAUGGCUGCACGUUUUGGCGUUCCUGUGUCAGAGGUGGUGUCAAGCGGUCCAGGUCUUGGAUUCAUUGCUUACCCACAAGCCCUCUCUCAACUUCCUGUUCCACAGCUUUGGUCGUUCCUGUUCUUCCUGUUGCUCAUAACUAUAGGGUUGGAUACACAGUUUUCUGUGACAGAGGUUCUGCCUACAACAAUCAUUGACAGUUACCCUCGCAUGUUUGCUAAACGACGAGGGAUUCUAACAGCAGCUAUAUGCCUCGUGUACUUCCUCAUGGGUCUUGUAUUUUGUACACAGGGAGGACCGUACAUAUUUCAGCUGAUCGACUGGUACAUUGCAGCUCUGUCGGUCAUUCUGUUCUGUUUUCUUGAAUGUAUCGCAGUUGGGUGGAUAUAUGGUAUUGACCGGUUCAGCAAGGACAUCGAGCUAAUGCUUGGACAUCCACCUCCGAUCAUCCUACGGUUCCUCUGGUGUUUCGUUAUACCCGUUGUUUUACUGACAGUGUUCGUCCUGACCUUGGUCCAAUAUGGGCCGCCCACCUAUGGCAAGUACAAGUAUCCACCGUACGCCGUUACCAUUGGUUGGUGUAUCGCAACAGUGCCCAUAAUUCCCCUUCUAGUGUGUGCUGCGUUGUCUCUACUAAAACACAGAUCUGCUGCAUCCUUCAAACAGCGUCUCCUGCUUGCCCUGAGGCCUGACUUCGACUGGAUGCCAUCAUCAUCGACACACAAGGGGCCGUACAGGGAGGAGCAGCAGAGUAGGAGAAGGACGGUCAGGGAAAAUGUCAGAGCCGUGUUCAAACGUUGACCUGCAUAUUCACCAACACGAUGAGCACACAUCAGUGGUGUAUCAUAGUUUACAUUCAUAGCUUCUAUCAUUUGUAUUUACAUAUGUAUUUAUGGAGCACAUAUAACGAAAAUACAAAUGUAACAUUUCCAUGACACAAACGUAUUCGGAACAAAAUCUAGCGACGCACACACAAGUCCAAUAAUUUCGCCACGAAAUACCAGUUAUCUUUCCUAGAUGUUGGUUAGUUGGUUGGUUGUUUAACGCCGCACUGAGCAAUAUGCAAUUGGGAUCAAUUACAAGCAUCAUCCAAGUCAGCGAGCCAGACCACCCGAUCCCGUUAGUCGCCUUCCUAUAUGUCGACUAUGAAUUUUGUAAUCAAUAAUCAUAGUAAAAGAACAUUUUGUA